CACACUCAACCAUGACGCAUGAAUGCCUGUUCUACCACCUCGACGAUGAUCAUGCAGGAAAUACCUACUGCCGAUGAACAGGGUUGUGUUAGCUUCUUAGGCUAGACGGCACAUACUGGAGAUGUUUUUAUUUUUCUCAGAUCGCGUCUUUGAGAAAUCAAUGAUGAGAUCAAACUUCCUCCGUCGUCCGACAUAGACGACACCAUGGCCGCCAAACAGCCCAAAGAAGAGGCCAAAGUCGCCGAGAACCCCAAUAAGAGAACUCGCAAAGCACACAACAAGGUGCGGUCUGGUUGUUUGACCUGCAAAAUUCGAAGAAAAAAGUGCGACGAGGUCAAACCCUUCUGUCGACGAUGUACGAGUACAGGCAGGAAAUGCGACGGAUAUCCCAACUUUACUCCACCCGAAACCUCAGUUUCAGGCACUCGCGAUCUUGAAACGCCAUCUAAUAGCAAAUCCAACGACAAGGUCGUCCUACUCAGCCGCCCGAAGAGCCAGUUUCUAAGCGGCAAAGACUUGGAGACGCUGUGGCGUGCUCCAUCGUCCGUCCAUUUCAAUGACGAUGUCGACUUCUACUGCUUUGACUUCUUUCGCACUCGAACCGGCCCAGAAUUCGCAUCUUAUUUCGACAGCUCCAUAUGGAGGUCCUAUGCUGUGCGAGCGUGUUUCCAACAUCCAACAGUCCUAGCCGCUGCUGCCGCGGUCGGUGCGGCUCAUCGACGAUUCGAAUUAGGCAUUUCUCGAGAAGCCUUUGAGUUUUGCGAAAUAUCUAAGCGAAUGUAUCAAAAGGCUGUCAAGAGGCUAAACGACGACCUAGCUUCAAACGCCCCUAUGGCGGUAGAGAUCAACAUGCUCUCCAAGAAGCUCUUUAGCAUCUUCAACACGUUCCAGGGAAAUUACCGGGAAGCGUUGCAGAAUAUGACAGAGGCUAUCAGGGGCCUGGUCAAUCAAAAUUUAAGAACUACUUUCUCAGAAACCCAAUACCGAGCCAUUGAAAUCAGCUACGACAGUCUCCGAAGAUUUUUUCUCAAAUUUGAACUCGAAUCCGUCCGCCUGUUCAAUGGGCCGUUCAAGAUCAUCUGCAACCCAGAAGAUGUCGAACCUUCUGUAAUACGAGGAUCGGACGAACCUACAUACUUGCCAUCACCUAAAUCCCCUAUUACGAACGAUGUGGUCGACCCAGAACCGUAUCCGAUCCCGCGAGCAUUCUCCUCCCUUGCACAGGCUCGCGACGUGCUAUUCACCGAAGCCAAGUGGAUCUGGCACACAUGGGGGUUGAUGGAACAGGGGUUGUUGUCGGACGGAUUCCAACGACAUCAAGCCCACAUCUCACGUCUAUUACGAUGGUCGACGGCAUAUGCUGAAUUCACCAAGAUCGAGAUCGAGGCACGAGACUCUCAAGCCAAGCAUGCCGCCUACCUUCUCAAGAUAUAUCGAGAAGCUACCUAUCUCCUGUUGCUGACUCAAAUGGCGUUGCACGAACCAGACACGGGGGCAGCGAUCAUCCCGCUGUGUGACCCGCCAGAGACAUGCCAAUGUCACCGAUCGUGUCGCACGUAUGCCGAGCGCAAGGAAGCCCUCAACGCGCAUUUUGCCCGUUUACUGGUUCUCGCCGAGGCAGUCUUCAAUGCGUCGUCAUUCUUUGCCUACGACGAACAUUCCACCUCUCAUGACUCGGGAAUUGGCCCGCCCAUAUAUCUCGGAACCUCAGAUUGCCGCUCUACCAAAGUGCGGCACCAGGUCAACAAUCUCCUGGAUAAAUCAGAGAUGCAGAAACGGCUAUGGGACACACUAGGGGUCUACAACAUUGCGGAAAAACUGUCGAGCAUUUCAGAGCAUGCCGUGGUGAAUGCAGGCAUUGUUCCGGCCUCACUCGAGCCUAAAUGGGUGGACAUUACAUUCUUUCUCGAGGAUCGAAGGGUCUUAUUGCGGUACUGUACACCCGACAGAGAUGGCGCUGGAGGGAAAAUCAGGGGCACGCGCAUGACGGCUGGUGAAUUCGGCCAGGGAGGUGGGAGUGGGGGCCUGAUGUGGACGCAACAAUGGAUUUCGUAUGUCUGA